GCUUCCUUCCCCGCCCAGGAAGCUACCAGUCCUGUCGGACUCGUCGACCAGGGAGGCACAGGUGCAGGCCCCGGAGUCUCGCUGCAGUGUCCUCACGGGUGCGGCCAGCACCAUGGACACCUCACGGGCUCUGCUGCUCUUCCUGCUCCUGGCCUCCGGAGGAGGGGUCCUCAACCCCCAAGCCUCUUCUGGAGUUCAGCAACCCAGUUUCUCCCUGGACUCAGAAAGCUCUUCCCAGAGCCCAGGUUCAAAAGUCUCCAUCCAACCCCCCAGAUGGAAAUUUCCAGAUCAGUCUCCAGGUCCAAAAACCACUGCUGCCGUCCCUUAUUCCAAAUGGUUUCCUGAGGCCUCGAAUUUGAGUGAUGUGCCUCUGUCCAUCUGGUCAGAUGUUUCUGCUGAGGGCCAAAAGUUGAGCCUGGAUCCUGCCUUCUCUGAAAUCCCGGGUUCUGAAGUAUUUUCUGUCUUGGGUUCUCAAGUUCCUGCCAAAGACUCAGAGCCCUCCUCUGUUAAGACCCCAACUUCGAACAUUUCAGCCCAAGGCCCAGACCCUGAAGCAUCCAUUGAGACCCCAGGUUCAGAAUCCUCCCCUGAGGGUCAAGAUCUUGAAAUCUCUGCCCAGAACCCUGAAUCCAAAGUAACUGCAGUAGCCCACCCCGUGGAAAGCCUCCCCCAGCAAGUGGGGAGGCCUCUCUCGGUGCUAGUGGGGACCGCCAUCCAGCUCCCUCUAGUUCCGAUUCCCAGCCCCGGCCCUCCUGCUCCUCUGGUUGUCUGGCGUCGAGGCUCCAAGGUGCUGGCAGCCGGAGGCCUGGGGCCAGGGGCCCCCCUGAUCAGCUUGGACCCUGCUCACCGAGACCGCUUACGAUUUGACCAGGCCCAGGGGAGCCUGGAACUUGCCUCCGCCCAGCUAGAGGAUGCUGGGGUGUACACUGCUGAGGUUAUCCGGGCUGGGGUCUCCCGGCAGAUUCGGGAGUUCACCGUGGGUGUGUAUGAGCCGCUGCCCCAGCUGUCGGUGCAGCCCGAGACCCCUGAGACAGAGGAGGGGGCGGCCGAGCUGCGGCUGCGCUGCCUAGGGUGGGGGCCGGGUCGUGGGGAGCUGAGCUGGAGCCGGGACGGACGCACCCUGGAGGCAACGGACCCUGAGGGAGCAGAGCCACCCCGGAUCCGCACAGAGGGCGACCAGCUGCUCAUCAAGCGCCCUGUGCGCGGCGACCAGGCCCGGUACACUUGUCGCGUCCUCAGCCCCUUCGGCCACACGGAGGCUGCGGCCGACGUCAGUGUCUUCUACGGCCCGGAUGCGCCGGUCAUCAACGUGUCCUCGGAUCGCGACGCCGCCCCCGCCCUGUAUGUCACCGCGGGCAGCAACGUGACCCUGCGCUGCACCGCCACCUCGCGGCCGCCCGCCGACAUCACCUGGAGCCUGGCCGACCCGGCCGAGGCCGCGGUGCCCUCGGGCCCGCGUCUCCUGCUGCCGGCGGUCGGGCCGGGCCACGCCGGCACCUAUGCCUGCCUCGCCUCGAACCCGCGCACCGGCCACCGCCGCCGUUCCCUGCUCAACCUCACCGUGGCGGACCUGCCUCCCGGGUCCCCACAGUGCUCAGUCGAAGGCGGUCCGGGGGACCGCAGCCUCCGCUUCCGCUGCUCGUGGCCCGGCGGGGUCCCCGCCGCCUCCCUGCAGUUCCAGGGUCUCCCUGAAGGCGUCCGCGCGGGGCCGGUGCCCUCCGCGCUCCUGGCGGCUGUCCCCGCCCACCCCCGGCUCAGCGGUGUCCGCGUCACCUGCCUCGCUCGUCACCUGGUGACCACACGCACCUGCACUGUCACCCCGGAGGCCCCUCGGGAGGUGCUGCUGCGUCCCACAGUGGAGGAAACACCGUACGGGGAGGCGGAGGUGGCGCUCGAGGCCACUGGCUGCCCUCCACCAUCCAGAGCAUCUUGGACCCGGGAAGGGCGGCCCGUGGCCCCUGGAGGUGGGGGUCGCCUCCGGCUCAGCCAAGAUGGGCACAGGCUCCUCAUUAGCAACUUCAGUUUGGACUGGGACCUGGGAAAUUACUCCGUGUUGUGCAGCGGGGCGCUGGGUGCUGGGGGCAACCAGAUUACUCUCAUUGGACCUUCCAUCUCCUCAUGGAGGCUGCAGAGAGCCCAGGAUGCGGCAGUGCUGACCUGGGAUGUGGAACGUGGGGCCCUGAUCAGUGGUUUUGAGAUCCAGGCACGACAAGAGGGCCCCGACCUGGGUAGAGCCACUACGUACAAGGACUGGAUCUCCCUGCUCUUCCUGGGGCCUCAGGAGCGGUCAGCCGUGGUGCCUCUUCCUCGCCGGAACCCUGGGACCUGGACCUUCCGUAUCCUCCCCACCCUGGGGGGCCAGCCAGGGACCCCAUCACAAAGUCGAGUCUACCAGGCCAGUCCCACCCUGGGCUCCGGGGCCAUUGCUGGCAUCGUCCUGGGCUCCCUACUGGGCCUGGCGCUCCUGUCAGCACUUCUCUACCUGUGCAUAUGCUGCCUGUGCAGGCUCAGGGGAGACUCUCUCAAGAAAAAGAAGCAUCCGCCCUCCUUGACCCCUGUGGUUCCCCCACUGGAAAAAAAGAUGCAGAGCGUGACCCCAGUGCAGACCUCACAGCCUCUGCCCCUCAAAGUCCCGCUGGAGGACCCUAGCCCAAACGGGGCCCACCAAGCUGCUGGUCUCAGUCCAGUCAUCUCUCCGGGUGGGGGCCCGAGGAUUGUUCGGGCAGCCACGCAGGUGUGACCAAGGCACGCUCCGCGCAGGAUUUUCUUUUUU